AUGUCAUCCAGGAAACGUCCGUCCGAGUCGGGCGCUGGCCUUGACGAUAGCGUGCGCCCCAAAAAGGCCAAGGUCAACACUACAGCGGAAGCUAAAACCGACUCUAAUGGAGACCGCUAUUGGGAAAUAUCCAAGAUGCGCCGUGUGACAAUAUCUUCUUUCCGUGGGAAGACCCAAGUCAACGUCAGAGAAUAUUAUGAAAAGGACGGGCAGGAGUUGCCAGGAAAAAAAGGUCGGUUGAUCGUGGAUCAGUUCGCUGCCAUAGUUUCCCUCCUACCUGAAAUCGAGAAGGCAUUGAAAGAGAACGGGGAGACUCUGCCUCGGCCUAUCUACUCGGCAGAGGGAGGCCAGUCUGAUCAAGGAGAGCAAGAACAGGCCAGUCCGGACAACCAAAGUCCAUCAAAGCAGAAUAUUGAGGCGACAAGUGAUGAGGAAAGUGAAGCAUGA